AUUUUCAUCACACUUUUAUAAAGUAUCGAUUAUUAUUUAUCUUGUCGGUUUUUGGCCAUUAUUUUCAUUAUCAUCACUAAAACAAUUUACAAUAAAUAAUGGCCAGCAGCAGUAGUAGUAAUAUUGAAUUUCAUUCAUUCUAUUCUGAUGUGAAAACCAUUGAAAAACAAGAUUCAAUUUAUACAUCUGAACAACAAAUUCAACGGCUUUUACGGCCCGGAUCAACGUAUGCAAAUCUAAAUCCAUUCGAAGUGUUACUUGUCGAUCCAGAUGCAUCGAUUGAACGAAUCAAAAAACAGUAUAAAAAAUUAUCCAUUCUUCUUCAUCCGGAUAAAAAUCCAAAUGAUCAGGAACGAGCACAACGUGCAUUCGAUGCUUUAACCAAAGCAUACAAAGUACUUGAAGAUGAAAAAAGCCGUACAAAAGCAUUGGAAAUUGUUGAAGAAGCAAAAUAUAAAUUGAAUAAAGAAAUUCAGGAAAAACGAAAACGUUUGAAACAACAGAAUCCAUCACGAAAAGAUCCUCGUGUUGAUGAAGAUGACCCAGAAAAAUUUAAACAAUCAUUACGUGUUAUGAUAAUGAAAUUAUUUGCCGAACAAGAACGUAAACGGCGUAUGUUACAAGAUAAGGUACAAGAAGAAAAAAAACGACAACGUGAAGAAGAAAUUGAACAACAACAACAAAAAGAAGCCGAAAAAGAAUGGCAAAAAAAUUUUGAAGAAAGUCGCCAAAAUCGUGUGGAUAGUUGGCAUACGUUCAAUAAAAAAGCUAAAUUCAAACGUAAAGAUAUACGACCACCGAAACAUAAAGCCGAAGGACGAUAAUAUUGUCCAAUAAUUUGCUGUAUAGAAUUUCAAUCAUCAUCAUCAUCGAUCAUUAUCAUCAAAUUUAAUCAAUCAUAUAAAUCCAUAAUUAAUAAAUUUUUU